AUGCGUGUAUCAGACGAGCCCUGCUCGCGCUCCGUCGGUCUAUGUGUUAGGAAUGCGAGAGCUACAUUAGCAUGCACAGCUGCUACACGACGUCCGCAUCAAUUCGACGCGGCGAAUUCGCGUUCAAACAGCUUUCUGCGAGCCAUCGCUUACCAAGAUGUCCGGCUGCUCGCAACACCACGCUGUGCCCGGAUGAUGCUGCUUGCAAUGCUCGCAAAGUCUACCGAGGAUUAA